AUGACCAAGGCUCCAGUCACCAAGAAGGUUCAGAGUAUCUCCAAUGCAGGGGCCCUCCAGCCCUUUUAUGCAUCAGGACAUCUGUCAAAGGUCCCGGAGAAGCCAGUGAAGAGCAUCAAGACUAUUGAGAAGGAAAUAAUAAACCUGAAAAAAGACCUCACACGAAGCCGCUUCUUGAUUCGGUCGGUGAAGAUAGGCCAUGGGUAUUUCAACAUGCUGAGGGAGGAGAGUACCUUGAAAAAGAGGCAACAGCAACUUCAGAAGCUGCAAGAGGAGGAAAGACAUAAAUUCCAACCAGCCAAGAAGAUCUCAGAAAUCCACUGCGGGGAUCUCAUUUUGGCCACAUACGAGGAUGAGAAGGUGAGGAAGCUGGGCGCGCGAGUCAUAAUCCGCCCGUUCACCCCCAAGCACAGCUGCAUCAUUGCGCCCCUGCUACCUGACGCUCACGUGGAACCCCUCUUCCGCCAGCUCUGUGCCCUCCACUGGCUUCUGGAGGCCCUGACUAUUGACCACACCCACCACACCAUGAAGCCCUUGAUCACCUGCUGGAAUCCAAAGGACCCAGGCGGAAGCAAGAGCACAAUAAAAAAAAUCACUAAGGACAAGUUCAUGGAGCAGAGGUGGGAGCACUUCGUCACCACGUCGAAGUCCAAGAAAUUCAAAAUUCCUACACUGCGCGUGACCACCCGCAAACCUAGCCGGAGAGGCUCCACGCUCAGCCUGUCCCGGACCAGCGGGGGGUCCUCUCCGCAGAGCAGCAUGAUCUCCACGAACCCCGGCUCUGACGAGCCCCCCAGCUCCACCGUCCAGGCAACGAGCAGCAAGGACAUCGAGGACAAUGAGUCGUCUUCAACCAAGCCUGAUGAAGAGCCUCUCCACAUCCAUCUGCAGAAACUCCUGGAGAUGGUCCGGGAGGAGGCCCGGAGGACAGUCACGAUCGAGAACGGGGUACAGAAAAAAGCGCCCAGUGCCUUGUCCAUGGUGAGACAAACCAAGAGCGAAUCUGCCUAUAAAGACUCGCAGACCACCCGCAAGUCAAGCGACAAAUCCAGCAGCACAAGUGGAGAAAGCCACAGCCCACCCGUCCAGAAGAAGUCCAGAAGCCGCACCAACCGUGACCUCACCCACAACCUGAGUCAUAUGUGUACCAGCCUGAGGGCCAAGUUCUACAGCGUGGCCCAGGAGGCUGGCUUCUGUCUACAGGACAAGAUGGAAAUCCUCAUGAAACGCCAAGAAGAGAGAGGUCUCCAGAAGUUCCAUUCUUUUGUCCUCGUCUCGAAUUUUCAAAAGGACAUAGCAAAAAUGCGACAUAAAAUCUCCAUGGUAAAAGGAGACGCAGAAGAAAUUGCAGACCACUGGUACUUUGAUCUUCUGUCCAAACUCCCUGAAGAUCUAAAGAAUUUCCGCCCUGCCAAGAAGGUCCUGGCAAAGCUGCAGAAGUUCGGGGAAAACCUGGACCUGAGGAUCAGGCCCCACGUCCUCCUGAAGGUGCUUCAGGACCUGAGAAUCUGGGAACUGUGCUCCCCAGACAUCGCUGUGGCUGUGGAGUUUGUGCGAGAACACAUCAUCCACAUGCCUCAAGAGGAUUAUGUUGACUGGCUGCAGAACCGGAUCAGCGCCAUGCAGCCCCAGAGUGGCCGGACUUAG